AUGAAGUUUUGGAAGUUCUCAACUACCGCUGUUGCGGCAUUGCUCGCCUCUGUGUCCAUGGUUUCAGCUGGUGGCCCCGCUGAUGGACAGGCUGCUGCUGAUCCAGACUCCGCUGUCGUCAAGUUGACCGAGAAGGAGUUCAAGGGAUUCCUCGAGGAAAACCCUUUGGUGUUGACAGAGUUUUUCGCUCCAUGGUGUGGCUACUGUAAGAUCUUGGGUCCUGAAUUCUCGAAGGCCGCUGACAUCUUGAACGAGUCCUACCCUAACAUCAAGUUGGCACAGGUCGACUGUACCGAGCAGGAAGAAUUGUGUCACAAGCACGAGAUCAGAGGCUACCCAACCAUGAAGGUUAUGAGAGGCCCAUUCCAGCAGCCUGACGACUACGACGGUCCUCGUGACGCGGACGGAAUUGUCAACUACAUGGUGAAGCAGUCGCUUCCUCCUGUGCAAUUGGUCGAGGACGCCGACGCUUUUGUUGCCGCCUCCAAGGCCGAGAACCAGCCAUUCAUUGUUCAGGUUUUCCCAUCUAAGUUGCAGAAGAAGUUCUCCUCUCAUAACGAGACCUUCGGUGAGUUGGCCAACGAGAAGAGAAAGUCCAUGUCAUUUUUCUCUAUCGAGGACGACGCCCAGAUUGCCAAGCUUGACAAGGCCGUCAGUGCCAAGUUGUCUGGCUUAAAGGAGCCAGCCUACUUGGUCAUUCACCCUAAUGAGUUGGACGAUGUCAGAGUUUUCUCCGGUGAAGUGAACAAGUCCUCUUUGGAAGAGUUCUCUGUCAACGCCAAGGUUCCAUACUUUGGUGACAUCAACAGAGACACCUACUUGACCUACAUGACCUCUUCUUUGCCAUUGGGCUACUACUUCUACUCCCACAUUGACGAGAGAGCUGCUGUCGACAAGUUCUUCACCGAGUUGGGUAAGAAGUAUGCUGGCAAGAUCAACUUUGUUGGUUUGGAUGCUUCUCAAUACGGCCGUCAUGCUGAGAUCUUGAACAUGAACCCAGAGAUAGUUCCAUUGUUCGCUAUUCAGGAUAACUCCAACAGCAGAAAGUACGGUAUUGACCAAACCGAGAACCCUAACCCAUCCACUGACGACAUCAAGAAGUUCGUUGAGGACUUUUUGGCCGGUAAGGUUGAUCCAAUCAUCAAGUCAGAGCCAUUGCCUUCUGAGGAGGAGAUCGCAAGCCAGGCCGUUGUCAAAUUGGUCUCUCACAACUACGAGGACAUCCUCAAGGACAACUCCAAGGAUAUUUUUGUCAAGUACUACGCCCCAUGGUGUGGUCACUGUAAGAAGUUGGCUCCAAUCUGGGAAGAAUUGGCCGACAUCUACGGUUCCAAGAAUGACGAUUCCGAGGUUGUCAUUGCACACAUCGACCACACCUUGAACGAUGUUGACACUCCUAUUCCAAUUGAGGGUUACCCAACUCUUCUUUUCUACCCAGCUAAUGGCAAGGUUGACCCAAAGACGGGUCUCAGAGAACACCGUCUCUACACUGAUGGCAGAGACUUGGAAAGUUUUAUUGCUUACAUUAAGAAGAAUGGUUUGGGUGUCGAUGGAGAGAAGUUGAGAGCUGAGAAGCAGAUCGUCGAAGACGAUGGCGAGGAAGAGGAAGUCGUCGAGGAGGCUGCUGAGCACGACGAAUUGUAA